UCGGAAGAGGUGGCGGAAGUUGGUGGGAAGGGAGCGUCGGUUGGCUGGUGGGGGGCCCGAGAAGCUCUCUCUGGGGGGUGACAGGCAGACCCGGCGCGCGGCGGCCGAUUUGGUCGUCCUCUCUCCCAUACAGCUCCAUCAGCCAGAGGGAGGAAAAUGACAUCUCUAGGGAAGAAAGCCGGCUAUGCCUCGUCACCCAUCCGUGGACCUGGAGAUGGCAUGGAAACUGAGCAGCCACCUAAAACUGUGGAAGUAAUUGCUGGAGCCCACAAUACAAGUCGUCAUGCCCAUCACAGUCCACACAAGAAAGCUAUCUCUUCCCUGAGUCCUGGAGUUCUCCAACUAGGGAAAAUACACAGUGAUAAGUCAGUGGAGAUUGAAGCUGUUCGAAUACUGGUUCCGAAAGCUGCUAUAACUCAUGUUGUUCCUACCAAAAAUGCUAAGGUGGCUAAAUCCUUGGGACACCAUAAAGGAGAGGACUUCAGCCAGUCAGAUGGAGUCAUAGAACCCAAGAAAGAGCUGUUGGAGCUAAAAAAUGCAGUAGAAAAGCUCAAGAAUUCAGAAAGGAGAUUGCUACAGGAUAAAGAAGGUCUUUCCAACCAGUUACGUGUACAGACAGAGGUGAAUCGAGAGCUGAAGAAGUUACUUAUUGCUUCUGUUGGGGAUGACCUGCAAUAUCACUUUGAACGCAUGGCGCGUGAGAAAAAUCAGUUGAUUCUAGAAAAUGAGGCCCUAGGCCGGAAUAUGUCUCAGCUGUCUGAACAGUUAGAGCGGAUGUCUAUACAGUGUGAUGUGUGGCGCAGCAAAUUCCUAGCAAGCAGAGUCAUGGCUGAUGAGCUAACCAAUGCCAGAACAAUUCUUCAGCGCCAAACCCGGGAUGCACAAAGUGCAAUUCAGGAUCUGUUGAGUGAACGUGACCAGUUCCGUCAAGAAAUGAUUGAUACACAGAAAUUGUUAGAAGAGCUGCUGGUUUCUCUACAAUGGGGGAGGCAGCAGACUUAUUAUCCUAGUGCUCAACCCCACACUACAGCAGAGCUAGCAGCAGUGAACUAUAAACUGGCUAAAGCAGUGAGCUCCCACCUUCUUGGAAAUGUUGGCACUAACACUCCAAAAAAGACUUCCCCACCGACAGAGUUCUGCAACACUCCCGCUGAGAAAAUGGCUGAAAUGGUGCUGCGAGUGUUGGAUCCAGUUGCCUGUACUGAAGCAUCACCAGAAGUUCCCUUUUCUGAGCCUUCCCCACCCUCCUUCCUUUCCACAAAGAAGAACAUUGGUCGGUUUCACCCAUACACCAGAUAUGAAAAUAUAACUUUCAACUGCUGCAAUCACUGCCAGGGAGAACUGAUAGCCCUUUAAAAUCAUUGCGCUGAAGACAAAAUAAAGCCAGUGUAUCUGGAUAUGCUAGCUUUUCCCUGAACGACAGUAGUGAUUUAUCCAUUCUGAUUUCCUUCUUUGCUAUUAUCUUCUUGGGGGGUUGUUAUGCUAGAAAAUGUACUUUUUACUUCCAAUAACUCUCAUGCUUAAGGACCAUCUACAAUAAUCGGUGGUGGGAUCAUAGCUUCUACAGGGCUGGAAUAUGGUUAACGCUCCCAUUUACAAGGGCAAGACCAAAAUGUUACGACAGUACAAUUUAUAGUGUAAAUAGCUCCUUAGAUGUGUAGGAUUUGUAAUUAUAUUAUGAAAUCUUAAUGGAUUUCUGCUCAGGGGAAGACAAAACCAUGAAACUAUUUCGGUACAUAGAGACAAGUGAUGCAUCCACUUGAAACCUCUGAAUAGUGCUUCCUUUAAAAGGGAGUUGAAAUAAAUGCUAAAGUGAGAAACAUUGAGUUACUGUUUAAGUAUUUUCAUUUUAAAAAGGGCAAUAGAAUGCACAAUCAUUUCUAUGUGGUUUAAUUUUUCUCUCUUGUGUUACUCAGUUUGCUGUGGUGCUAUGGUCAAGUAUUUAUAGUCCUAAUUAAGUUACAGGAUCAGGUGCAAUUAACAUUAUGGGUCUUACCUUGAUGGAAAGGGGUAGAGAAGCCUCUUUAAGAAGAAACUUGAAUGAAAUUGAAAGGUGUUUAAGUAGGAGUUGGUGUUGAAUGGAUUCUAGAAGCUAGUGUGUAUGAGGUUGAAACAAGUGGAUUGGAAGCAUUUUAACUCCUAGAACCAAGCUGCUGCAUAGCUGAUGCUCAGCAAAGAUUGAUGUAGUUCCUUUAGUGCAUAGUUUUAAAAACUGAAACUUACCUUAUGCUUAGAGGCAAGAUACUACCCAUGAAAGAUUUUCAUGGGUAUUAUACCUAUGGAGGGACCUGCAUCAUCAAAUACUAGGUAUGCCUAGGCAGUGACCGAGCAUACUAUAUUUUUACUCAUCUGGCUUUACUAGGUUAAUGAGA